UAUAGUAUAUGAGUAUAUCGUGCGAGCUGACGCUGCUGUGUUUCGCUUACAGAUCUGCGCAGAGACGCGCGUUUUACACGCUCGCGCAGGCAGCGGAGAGCGCUAGAAUGAUAUUCAUGGGCGGCGGACGUAGAAAAUGACCUUUUGUGAUAACGACGAGGGCUUGGAAUUUUCGUGCCCAUUUCUUUUGACUACAUUCUAUUUAUGUUGAUUUAAGAAGUCUCCGUCGCUCGCGCAGUUUGGAUUUUCAUUCCAGAAUGGACCGCGUCAAGAGUUCCAUGCAGCAAGUCCCCAACCCGAUUCCCAAAGUGCUCAGCCGUCGCACUGGAGGUGCCAACAGUUUGGAAGUUGAAAAGGAAAACUUCGAGCGUAGUCAGGCAGUGAGCAUCAACAAAGCCAUCAACACACAGGAGGUUGCCGUCAAAGAGAAGCAUGCUAGGACGUGCAUAUUGGGCACACAUCAUGAGAAGGGGGCUCACACCUUCUGGCUUGCUGUCAACCGCCUUCCCCUUUCCAGCAAUGCAGUGCUCUGCUGGAAAUUUUGCCACGUCUUCCACAAGCUGCUCUGUCUUAACGCUUCCUCUGUCUCUCGGUCACCUCAGGUCAUUAAGGACUCCAUGCGGCACAAGGCUGACCUGAACGACAUGAGCAGGAUGUGGGGUCAUUUGAGUGAAGGAUACGGCAAGUUGUGCAGCAUCUACCUCAAACUGCUCAUAACCAAAAUGGAGUUUCACAUCAAAAAUCCUCGUUUCCCAGGCAACCUUCAGAUGUCAAACAGACAGCUUGAUGAGGCGGGUGAGAACGACGUCAAUAAUUUCUUCCAGCUGACAGUGGAGAUGUUUGAUUACUUGGAUUGUGAGCUGAACCUUUUCUUGGGCGUGUUCAGCUCGUUGGAUAUGUCUCGCUCCGUGUCGGUGACAGCAGCGGGUCAGUGUCGUCUGGCCCCUCUUAUCCAGGUCAUUCUGGACUCUAGUCAUUUGUACGACUACACUGUCAAACUGCUCUUCAAACUCCACUCCUGUCUGCCAGCAGAUACUCUGCAGGGCCACAGGGAUCGCUUCCAGGAGCAGUUUAAGAAGCUGAAGAGUCUGUUCUAUCGCUCCAGUAACCUGCAGUAUUUCAAGAGACUGAUUCAGAUCCCACAACUUCCUGAGAAUCCGCCAAACUUCCUGCGGGCGUCAGCCCUCUCCGAGCACAUCAGUCCAGUGGUGGUGAUUCCGGUGGAGUCUUCAUCCCCUGAGAGUGAACAUGUAGUAGAGACAGAAGACCUGGUGGACACGGACAUCCCUCCUUUACCGAGUACUGUGGACACCAAAUUUGACGAUCUCUUCGGCACCUCGGCCGCUACAGACCCAUUCAACUUCAACAGUCAGAACGGAAUGCGCAAAGAUGAGAAAGACCGUUUGAUUGAGCAGCUCACAGCGGAGCUGCAGGCCGUGAAAGAGGAGCUGGAGUCCUUCAGAUUGGAGAGUGGCCGUCUGUGUCAAGCGCUACGGGGGCGUGUAAACGAGCUGGAGGCGGAGCUUGCGGAGCAGACUCACCUGAAGCAGCAGGCGUUGGGUGAGAGCGAGUUCCUGAGGGUGGAGCUAGACGACCUGCGCAGGGUCAAAGAAGACACCGAGAAAGAGCAGCGCAGCCUGAGCGAAAUCGAGAGAAAAGCACAAGCUAAUGAGCAACGCUACACCAAAUUAAAGGAGAAAUACACAGAGCUGGUCCAGAGCCAUGCUGACCUGCUGAGGAAGAAUGCUGAGGUGACGCGUCAGAUGACGGUGGCCCGUGCCGCCCAGGACGAGGUGGAGAAUGUGAAAAAAGAGAUGCAGGACAGAUUGAAAGCCGCUCAGGAUGCUACCAGUCAGCAGGAGAAGACUCAGUUAGAGCAGCUUCAAGCUCUACAAGCCGAGCUCAUGUCCAGCAGAUCUGAACUAGAGACCCUGAAGAGUACCGUCACCUCCUCCCAACAGACGAACGAGCAGCUAGGUACUCGGCUGUCUGCUCUAGAGGCUGAGAAGGCGGGGCUUAUGGAGACUGUAUCUCAGAAGGAGGCGGAGCUGGCCAGUUUGGGGGUGGAGUUAGAGCGUGUGCAGAGCAGUCUGUCCAAUGAGAGGGAGAGUGGUGUGAAAGCUACUGAGGCCCUGCAGAACCAACUCAAUGAGAAGGAGAGUCGUGAGCAGUCUCUGGAGAGCGAGUUGGUCUCUCUGCGCUGGGCGGCUCUGCGAGCAGCUCUGGAGGAGGCGGGAAGGAUCGUACAGGACUGCCUGAAUCAGCUAGAGGACCCCGCACACAUAAGCUGCACCAGUUCAGCCGAUUACCUGGUGUCCAGGUGCCAGGUGGCUCUGGACUGCGUGGAGAGGCUGCAGUCGGCCAGAGACGGCUUUGUAUCAGAUAACACAGAUGUGUCUGGACUGGUGCGGGCGGUGACUCAGUUCGCUCACCUGGUGGGCGAUGUCAUCAUGCAGGGCAGCGCCACCUCCCACAUGGUGCCGGUGGAGCAAGCUGACGCAUUGGCAGACUACGUGAAGGCGUGUGGCGCGGAGGCCCUGGCGUUGCUCUGCCAGCUCAAGGAGCAGGAGUCUGUGGGGACGGCAGACUGCAGCCGGCUGAGGGCGGCACUGGAUACCGUGAUGGCCUUGGGCGAGAAGUUGCGUCCUCGGGGUCUGGAACUACAGCAAGGGGAGCUGGGAGAUCUGGUGGAGCAGGAGAUGUCAGCCACAUCGGCAGCUGUGGAGUCAGCCGCCGCCAGGAUUGAGGAAAUGCUCAAUAAGUCCAGGGCGGUUGACACUGGAAUCAAAAUGGAAGUCAAUGAAAGGAUCUUGGCAUCGUGCACAGAUCUCAUGCAGGCCAUCAAAGUGUUGGUGCUGUCCUCCAAAGACCUGCAGAGGGACAUCGUGGAGAGCGGCAGGGGGGCCGCAUCUAUGAAGGAGUUCUACGCCAAGAAUUCCCGAUGGACAGAAGGUCUCAUUUCCGCCUCCAAGGCAGUAGGUUGGGGUGCAACCAUGUUGGUUGAUGCAGCUGAUCAGGUGGUGCAAGGCACGGGCAAGUUUGAGGAGCUGAUGGUGUGUUCACAUGAGAUCGCCGCCAGCACAGCUCAGCUGGUCGCAGCAUCCAAGGUGAAAGCAGACAAGGACAGUCCAAACCUUUCCCGUCUUCGGCAGGCCUCCAAAGGAGUCACCCAGGCCACCGCGGGAGUCGUGGCAUCUACCAAGUCUGGCAAGUCUCAGAUCGAGGACACAGAAACGAUGGACUUUUCCGCAAUGACACUGACUCAGAUCAAGAGGCAAGAGAUGGACGCACAGGUGCUGGUGCUGGAGCUGGAGACCCGACUGCAGAAAGAGAGGGAGCGACUGGGUGAGCUGAGGAAGAAGCAUUACGAGCUCGCUGGCGUCGCAGAGGGCUGGGGAGGAGAGGAAGAGGGAACGGGUUGAGACUCGUCACGUUCUGUGCAGCAGCUGUGCUUGACGUCUUUAUAUAUACACACUAUCUUUCCCUUCUCCCUUUUAUUGUACUUUUUAACUCUUUUUUGAUUUCUUUAUUGUACAUUAAAGCCAAAUAAAAGGUGCUUUUUUUUCUAACCUGCUCCUUCCCCGGCCUGUGGAGUCUGGAGACGUGAGGAGUGUGACGGUAUUGUGUGACGAAGGGGGAGGAAGAAUGGAAGUGGAUGGGACACCACCUAGUGGACAGAGAGGGACGUGCAGGCUCGCUGAACUGUCUGAGUAUUUAAUGUCCUCUUAAACGUCCUCAUUACGAAAUGGAGAAUCUUUCCCGUCCCCGACCAUUUAGAACAAUCCCGUCUCUCCGUGAAAUAUCCCAUGAUGCAUUGCACAAGGGUGAGUCACCGCGUUUUAUAGGAUAUGACACUGUGCUGUGAUUCUUCCGGACUCAACUUUUACAAACAGCAGCAGUGUGCGACUUCCACCUCUCAAACGCAUUCCUUAAUGUCUGGGUCCGUCCUUCCCUAGUCCCCUAGCAGUGGACUAAAAAGAGUGCUUUGGACAUAAUAGCUGAAGACCUACUGUGGACUAACACCUGAAAACACUAGCAAACUCAACCGAGACUCACUUUUUCUGUAUUCAGUAAUUUUUUUUUUUAUGUUAAGCUUUUCUUUGAUUAUGUUCCUGAGGCUUUCACUUUAUAAGAAACCCUAAAUACAUUUAAUCCACUGGCUUUUUACUGUUCCACCAUGUUGACUUAUAGGACAAACUGCUAAAUAGCUCAUCUAACCUGUGAUAUUUCAACAAAACUGUGUCCUGAUGCGUUUCACCAGUUUCAAGUCCAUGACUGAAUAUGAACUGACUGUUUUUGUGAGACCUCACAUCAGGCUGGAGCUCAUUGUUUUUGUCUUAAUAGCUCUAUUAAGGUCAUAUGGUUUGUUCAGCACAGAUAGAUAUGGCACCGUAUUGUAUUAGUAACGGUCCCUAAAAUGGUCCCGUGCGGUUUAAAUGCUGUUAAUAUGACAAUAUCUGUUAAUUCCUGUUGUCUUCUUCCAGCUCCACAUACGCUCACCCCUUCACACUGAGGCGAGGAGAGACAUCUGUGCCUU